AGUAGCUUGAGACAGCAGGGAACACAAUAGUAAGAUGAGCAGGACUAGGAUCGGAUUUUCCCACGGACACAUGGAGGCGGGGAAAGAUGAGUGGCCAGCGGGAAGCAGCACCGUGGAGAUAGAAGGGCUGAGUGUGGGUUUGAAACAAAGGAGGCAGGAAGCUUCUUAGGGUUCACCCGGCGACAUUUGUCUUAGUCAGGGUUAAGCUAUGGAAGCAGAACCACUAUGAGUAUUAUGGAAUAAGGAAUUUACUAUAAGAGUCAGAUCAGACACAAUUGUGGGAGGAAUUGGAUAAGGAAAGAUCUGAGCGGAGAAUCACCGAACAGUCAUUCACCAGCCGUGGUGCAUGUGAGCAAAGCAGAGCUCACAAGAAAGAACAAGGUGGAUUCUUUGUCACCGAGCUACCUGGAAGCCCUGGACUUGAGGAGCUAUCAUUAAAAUGAGAGAGAAAAGCACUUAUUGACCAAGGAAGCAAAGAAAUAAAGCAACUUGAAGAACUAUGUUCAGAGAAGAACUUGGGAAUGGUGACUGGCUCAUGGAACUGACCAAAACCUUCUCGGUUUUACAAGCAUUGUCCAAAAAAAAAAAAAAAAGAAGAAGAAGAAGCCUCCUAGUGUCAAGUGUUGACGGCAUAAAGCAACCCUUGGACCCCAGUGUCUGCACCAGCAGGAAGCUGACUAUGAAAUCUGCUUAGCUCCAAAGAGGGCUUAACCCAAAACUUAAUCCAGAGUUCAGAUGUUAUGAGAGAGGAGAAUAGAUAAAGAAGAAGCUCCCAGAAGACAAGGCCAUCCGCCUUGAAGGAAAUUGGCCUCAUCUCUUCCACACUCUUUUACCACUUCCUGCCAGCUUGGCCACUGCUCAUCCAUUUUCAUUGCCCAGUAGUGUUUCGUUGUAAGAAUAUGCCAUAAUUUAUUUAUCCAUUCUGUCAUUGGUAGCUAUUUAGAUUGUCUCUCAUUUUUUGCUAUUAUGUUCGGAACAUUCUUUUACAUGUUUCUUGGUGCACAUGUGGACAGAUAUCUCUGGGGUACAUUCUUAGGCAUGCAAUUGAUGAGUCAUAAAGUAUUCAAUAGUGCCAAACUCUCUCAAAGUAGUUGUACAAUUAUACUCCCUCCUGCACUGUAUUUGUGUUCCCUUUGUUUCAUACGCUUGUCUAUAUUUGUUAUUUUAAGAUAUUUUUAAAAUUUCACUUAUUUAUUUGGCUGUGUUGGGUCUUAGUUGCAGCAAGCAGAGUCUCUCUUGCGUCAUGCAGGUGGGACCUGCCCUGCGGCCCUUGGGCUCUCUGUGGCAUGUGGGUUCAGUAGGUGUGGCUCAUAGACUUAGUUGUUCCAAGACAUGUGGGAUCUUAGUUCCCCACCACGGAUCAAAGCCAUGUCCCCUGCAUUGCAAGGCAGAUUCUUAAUCACUGGACCACCAGGGAAGUCUCAGUUACUUUCAGAUAUUUUAAUUUUGCUGAUCUGUUGGAUGUACAAUGGUGUCUUAUUGGGGCUUCAGUCACACUUGGGCCUUCAGCCUCAUUCACAUGAGGUUGAAUAUUUGGGCAUACUGUUUAUUGGCCAUUUGGAUUUUCCCUUUGGUGUCCAUUAAAGGGGCACCAAAACUUUUCCAUAGAGCUGUAGGGUUGUCUAUCUCUUUCAUGUUAAUUUUUAAGAAUUCUUCUUUGUAACAAUCACUUACAUAAUGUUGCAAAUAUUUUCUCUCAUUUUAUGGCUUAUCUUUUCACUGUUUAUCUGGUCUUUGGUGAACAGAGGUACUUAAUUUUAACGUGGUUGAGCCUAAGUUUUUUCCAUUCCUCAUUGUGUAUCUUUCUCUAUUUAUGGUUCACAUGCAGGAUCUCUGAGAGAUGAUUUACCUAGCUGGCCAAGCACAGCACAAAGCUGGGCGGUUGGAUGAUCCUCUCAUGUAAGAUCAUCUCUUAGGUCCUGGGAACCCAUGGAUGUCUGCUUGAGGAUCAGUGACGGUCUCUGGCCCAUCUGGAGUCCCUAAGAUAGGGAGUACCAUUUAAAACACAAGACAGGACAGACUUCGAUGUGAGAAUGGCUGUGACUCUGGAAGAAGCUCCGUGGCUGGGCUGGAUCUUGGUGAAAGCCCUGGUGAGGUUUGCCUUCAUGGUCGCCAACAACCUGGUUGCGAUUCCAUCCUACCUCUGCUAUAUAAUCGUGCUUCUGCCCCUUCGACUGCUGGACAGCAAGCGGUACUGGUACCUUGAAGGAAUGAUGUACAAAUGGCUUUUAGGAAUGGUGGCUUCUUGGGGAUGGUAUGCUGGAUAUACAGUGAUGGAGUGGGGGGAAGAUGUUAAAGCAAUUUCAGAAGAUGAAGCAGUCAUGUUGGUGAACCAUCAGGCAACAGGAGAUGUGUGCACUCUGAUGAUGUGCCUCCAGGACAAAGGACUGGUUGUUGCUCAGAUGAUGUGGUUGAUGGAUCAUAUUUUUAAAUACACAAACUUUGGAAUUGUUUCUCUAAUUCAUGGAGACUUCUUUAUAAGACAGGGAAAAUCUCAUCGUGACCAACAGCUUCUUCUUCUUAAGAAGCACCUAGAAAAUAAUUACAGGAGCAGAGAUCGAAAAUGGAUUGUUCUGUUUCCAGAAGGGGGCUUCCUCAGGAAGAGGCGAGAAAUCAGUCAGUCAUUUGCCAAGAAAAAUAACUUGCCAUUUCUUACACAUGUCACUUUGCCAAGAGUUGGGGCAACAAAAAUUAUUUUGCGUGCACUUGUAGCACGACAGGAAAAUGGAAGUCCAGCAGGAGGAGACGCUAAGGAAUUAGACAACAAAUCAAAAGGCCUCCAGUGGAUAAUAGAUACAACGAUAGCUUAUCCCAAAGCUGAACCCAUAGAUAUUCAAACCUGGAUCCUUGGAUACAGGAAACCAGCAGUCACACAUGUACAUUACAGAAUCUUUCCAGUUAAAGAUGUACCCCUGGAGACUGAUGACCUUUCUGACUGGCUCUAUCAGCGUUUUAUUGAAAAAGAGGACCUCUUAUCGCAUUUUUAUGAAACAGGGGCUUUUCCACCUCCCAAGGGCCAUAAGGAAGCUGUUUCCAGGGAGAUGACCCUCAGCAAUACGUGGAUACUUCUCAUACAGUCUUUUGCGUUUUUGUCAGGCUACAUGUGGUACAGCAUCUUCCAGUACUUUUACCAUUGCCUGUUUUAGGAAUGGACUUGGACUUGUCAUGGUCACCAUAGGAGUUUGGACUUUCCUAAGCGUGCAUUAUUUUACACGUGCAAAUCAGAAUAUAAAAAACAAGCAAAGGAGAUUCAAUGGAUGGAUUAAUAUUUAUCCCCCUUUGGGAUAUUUUUAAACUCUACUAAAAUGAGGAUCAAUAAUAUAAUGACCUGCUAAUAUGUUUUAAGGAUUUUUCAUGUUUUAAAACAAUACACUCUACCACCCAUUUAUGCAAACAUCACAUUUGGAGAAGAAGAAAUCAUCAAAUCAUCCUAGAAGACUAUCUGAGAGAAAUUCUGUUGCCACCAGAUGUAUGUGAUAAUCUUGCCCAGACUCAGAAAACUGUGCGCGUCCAUUCCUCUUAGCUAGUCGUCUCUGCUGGGCAGCACUGGGGCGUGCCCUCACCUCCAUCAGCUCUGGCUCCAUUCCCAGUAGCCUCGAGGCGAGCUGGUGGGCGCCUUCCAAGAGCUGCUUCCCUGUUGUUUGCAGAGACACCCGGUCCUCAACAGCUCCAUGAGGUUCGGUGUCAAGCGUGCCCCCGGGGCCAAAGCAGUGUCCAGUGACACAUUCCGGUACUAGAAGGUGUUCUUCCAAAAGACCAGCUCAGUCCAAUGCCGUGUUUACAUGCAUUCAUGCUGCCCCUUUAUGGGGAGGGGGGUUCACUUGAUUUAUCUUUUGUAUAGAAGGCAUAUCAUAGAUUGAUAAUUGUCUUUUACAAAAUGCACUUUUAUCAGAUGCAUCUACAGCAGAGGAUUAGCACUGUAGGUUGGAAACAGACGUGAACGUGAUCAGCGAGUGAAAUUCUUGAGAGGCUGCCUGUCUGUCUGCAUGUUGAUCUGUGCGCUGACGCUCCCCAGCGCCAUCUGCACUGGGUACCACACCACGGCUUCUGUCCCGCUCAGAGCCUUCGUUUAGUUUUGUUCUCUUUUCUUUCCAUUUUGCAUUUUAGUAUCAAAUGCAUAUGGGGGUGGUUGAAAUAAAUUAAGGCAUUUAACUGAUCAAGUUAAGGUGAAAUAGACUUAUUUAAUAUAAGGACUGUAAGAGCUAGAGCCAGGCACUGACUUCCAAUGGUGACACAUUCUCACAUGACACCCCCAGAACCUGCAUUUGUUCCCUUAGCAUGUCAAGGAGCUACCCGUGCCAGAGUGGCAUAACCAGGAGAGACCAGCAAAGAGGCUUCCCAGUUUCUUCCAGUUGAUCUUGGAGAGGAUAGAGUCAAGUUCAUAUUUCUAGAAAACUUUUUUUUUAAAACGAUGUGUCCCUAUAUUCAUGUGAUUUGAUUCUCCUCAUAGGAGAACCAAACACUCCUCAGAAAGUGCUGGCACGGUGUCAACUGGUCACCUGCACUCCCAGUGUUGAGAGAGAGGUUGUGUUUUGGUUUGGGACUGUAAGACUAUUUAGACCCUAGUGAGUCAGUGUACUUAUUGGUGAUGAGCAUUGUUGAUUCCCCUGUUGUCACUAAUUGUACAAAUGACAGUUUUGAGAAGUAGGCCAGAACCUAAAAGUAAAGGCUAUUGUUUUCUAUUUUUAAAUAAACCAAAAAAAACAAAAACUGAAAAGAUGUGAAUUUUCUCCCGGUUAUGUGGGAAAGGCAAAGCAACCAAAUAAAAGCCCCCAGCAGCUCCAUCUUUAGGGUUAAUUCAGUACAGAGGUGAAAGAAUGAUUCAUUACCUAAAAUACCUCAUUGAAUAGUAGACAACUACUGGUGAAAUGCAGAAGACAGUGUUAAUAUGUUUGGUUUGGUAGUGGGUAUUAUGCAGUUUUUUUUGAAAUCUGAGCAUUUUGUUAUAUGUGUUUUACAGUGACAGUAAUUAGGUAAAGUCAGUCUCAAUUAAAGGUAUGAAGGAUGAUAGGAAGCUGGAUAGAAACUUAAAGAUGCUUCUGUUUGAGGCCCAGCAAACACUACUAGACAAGAUGAAUCGAAAUUGUUCCCUUGAGAGAGUCAGCCAGCUGGGGGAUAAGUAACUCACUGUGGAGUCUGGCAUGCAUAGUCCUAGCCAAUAGACCUUUUUCGUCAUUGCUAAGUAAACCGCAGAUAGAGUGGCCAGUUCUCCCAUCCAAAAAAAAAAAAAAAGAAAUGCAUACGUCAGUGUGAUUUAGGGCCACUUUUGCUAUCACUGUUCUCCACAGGAACAUAAUAUUGUAUAAUGUACAUGUCAAGCAGACUGUUCUGUAAGAUGCUUUUGUUUUCAAGUGCAGUCAUUUCAGCAGCUCUAGAGUGAAAAAUACCAACAGAUGUGUGAGUUAAUUUUUGAAAAUAGAUCUGUGAGUUGUAAAUAGAUGUGUAUUUGGUCUGCCCUAUCCCUCUUUGAUUCCUUAUCAACAUGUUCUUUCUCUUCUGUUGGCAAAACAUGUUUGUCUGAGAGCAUUGACUGUGCUUUCCUUAUCAGUAACUGGAGUUCUCCUGCUUGCACUAGGGAAGGUAAAGAGAGAAUCUGUGAUUUUGUAUGGCAACCAGGGAAGCAGCAAUAUGCCACUGUACAGAACCAAAUCAAAAGUCCUAAUCUGUAUUUUCUUUGCAAAGUGAGAUCAAAGGUUGUUUAGAGAGUAUACAUCUUUGUCAAGGGAAAAGAAAAUAGAACUGUGCCAGUUUCUGUGCUAGCAGCUGGUAGAAUCUCAGCACUUCCUGGUCUCAGCUGAUCUGCCUGGAUUCACAUAGCAGAGAGGGCUGAGAUCUCCCUGCUGGAUUUUGGUCUCCAUGAGUCACAGUGAUGGAGCAUUGCUUGGCCACGGGCAGGUGCAGUGACUCCAGAGAUGACCACCCCAGCAGUUCACACUUAACUUCCGAAACUGUCAUUGGUGUUAAAAGAUACAAAUAGCGUGGAGAAACCUAUAUGCCAGUGGAAGGUAAAGAAAAAUUACAGAACGGAAAAUGAUGUUUUGGGUGAGCAAACGAGUUGAGAAUCUAAAUAGUAGAUUUUUUUUUUUAAGCUAGCUAUGAGUUCAAAUCUGUCAUUAAGUAGUCCUUCAUAUUACAACCAACCCUUAAUUUUUCCACGGGGAAAGACCUAGAGAUUACCAGAGUUAAUCCAGUAAUAAGUCAUAGUAAACCAAAAAUCUAAUUGUAUUUAGGAGUUUGAGUCCUUAUUCUCAUCAAACUGUUCUUCUUCUAGGGAUGCGUAUUAAUUUUUUUAAAGAAAAGAUUUCUGUUGUCUAUCUAUUUAUGACUGUUCAUGAGUAGUGAAAAGAUUUGGAAAGACAGCUUCAGGAAGAGGAAACACAAAAGCCUGAAUAAUCUAUGGGCUAGAAAAGAAUCCAUGAAUAAUCAAGAGCCGGUGGUAUUGUCAUUUUUUUUCAAGACUUUUUGUGAAAGUGAAAUGUUAAAUCACCGAAUGUAAACCUCAGAACAUCACUGUGGUAUUAAUAGCACUUGGGUCGGUGUUGCAAUGCCUCUUCAUUCUUUGUUCUCGCCACUCAUGUCUUGUGGGUUUGUCUCGGUAAUGUUUCUGACAAUCAUUUCCCUAUAGACUGUUCUAAACUACUGUGACCUGGUUAUAAUUGUAGAAAGUUAAUCAUGGAUAUUCUUAUUGGAUUCUUUUUAUAUUUAAGGAAAUUUUAUUUACAUUGCUAAAUAGGAAGUUAUUUUCUUCAUUACACUAUAGGACUUCGCUCCAGAGUUACCAUUAUGAGUACGUCAGCUCUAGUCUACAAAGGAUGGAUAAAAAUGGUUAGCCUUAUUUUCUUACAAUGUAGUGCUGUGAAUUUUACAUCUGUUAACAUGAAAGGCGAAGUCAGAGCCACCCUGGGCAACAAGUAUACUGGUUUAUUUUAUGAGACAGUAGAGACUAAUAAGUUUGGGACCAAAGCCACCUAAAUUGAACAUUUUGGGGUCACAAAGGGGCCAGGUGUUCUCUGGAGCAGUCACUGGUUGGUGCUUUAUUGCAAUCAUUUUGCACUGAUACCCAACAGUUAGGAACUGGACCCUGGGAAUAAGCUGAGGGUGCUGUACUGUUGAGGGAGGGUGACUGUAGCCAUACAGAAGAUAAAAUAAGGGUUUUUCUGCAAAAUUUCCAUUUGAGGAUUUUUACAUUUAAUAUUUUUUUAAAACAGUUAAAAGAACAAAAAAUAUAUGUGUAAUCUAGUUGCAAGAUAUGCAUACAUAUGUUGAAUGGCUUUAUUUUUGUUGUGUAAAACUGUUGAACACAUGACUGUAAUGCCCAAAUUCUUUAUGUGUAGGGGGUCUGUGCAUUUUACAGUAACUCAUUUCAUGAUUGGAUAAUGAAACAGUUAUACAUUGAAUUGCCAUUGUUGUGUUACAUGCUUUCCUUUUCUUUACAGUUAUUACAGAGUUGUAUUUAUUUUAUACAGGUGGAUUUUCAUUUUCCUGAUGCCAUAAUGUUUACUUCAGCUUGUUGACCUGUCUUUCUUUGUCUAUCUGCAUGUUGUAAUGUAUGAUAAGAAUGAAUGUAAAGGCUGUGGCACCUGUCAUUAAAUUUUGUAAAGGGCUGGUCACUCGUGGAUCUAUCUGGUUUAUGAAUGCAUUUGCGAUUAUUUUAGUAACCAGAAUCACCUUUUCAGAAAUUUAGAUGUGAACACCAAAAGAAACAUUUUUCCCAACAAAAAUUUAAUAGCUGGUUCUAUUUUUUUUAAUCUAGAAAAAAUAAAGUUGAUUUUUUUCAAGUAAA